UCAGUGAAAAGGGGCUCCCAUUGGUUCUUCGGAAUCGAUCAAUAUCGAUCUCUCUCCAAAUUUCUUCUUUAAGUUUCUUCCAUCUCCCUUUCACAAUUCUCUUGAUUCUUCUUUCUCUUUCUUUCUCUCGGAUCAGGAGGGGAAAUUGAAAGAAGAGUUAAGAAUGGUGGAUCCGCUCCCCCAUUCCAAUUCCAAGAUAUGAUUUUGGACAAGAAUUGAGGGAAAAUUUGAAUUUUUCCUCCAAUUCGACGAGUGGGUGUUUGAGAUAACAAAUCUUUUUGAAGAAUAAUGGAAAUUGAUAGCAUUGAGUGCGUGUCCUCAUCGGACGGCAUGGAUGACGAAGUGACCCAAUCGUCUAUAGCCUCGCAUCAUCCUUACAGCUCUUCAACGAAGCCUCCGAUUAACAUUUUAUCUGCCGGAAUUGCGCCUACCAGUGUUCAUGAAUUGCUGGAGUGCCCCGUUUGCACCAAUUCUAUGUACCCGCCCAUUCAUCAGUGUCAAAAUGGGCACACGCUGUGUUCAACCUGUAAGGCAAGGGUGCACAACCGAUGUCCUACUUGCAGACAAGAGCUCGGUGAUAUUAGGUGCUUAGCUUUAGAGAAGGUUGCGGAGUCACUUGAACUUCCCUGCAAAUAUUUUUCAUUGGGAUGUACAGAAAUAUUUCCGUAUUACAGCAAACUUAAACAUGAGGCGGUUUGCAAUUUUAGACCGUACAGUUGCCCAUAUGCUGGAUCGGAGUGCUCAGUUACUGGGGACAUACCUUAUUUGGUUUCUCAUUUAAGAGAUGACCACAAGGUUGACAUGCACACAGGAUGCACAUUCAACCAUCGAUAUGUUAAGUCUAAUCCUCGUGAAGUAGAAAAUGCCACAUGGAUGCUGACUGUUUUUCAUUGUUUUGGUGAGUACUUCUGCCUUCACUUCGAGGCCUUCCAGCUUGGCAUGGCUCCUGUAUACAUGGCUUUUCUUCGCUUUAUGGGAGACGAGACUGAAGCUCGCUCAUACAGCUACAGCCUGGAGGUAGGAGGAAAUGGUAGAAAGCUCAUCUGGGAGGGUACUCCAAGAAGCGUCCGAGAUAGCCAUCGCAAGGUGAGGGACAGUCACGACGGUCUUAUCAUUCAGCGUAACAUGGCACUUUUCUUUUCCGGCGGGGACCGGAAGGAGCUGAAGCUUAGAGUUACAGGGAGGAUAUGGAAGGAACAGCAAAAUCCAGAUGCUGGGGUGUGCAUUCCCAAUCUCUGUAACUAAAGGGUUUUUUUUUUUUUUUUUUUUUUUUUUGGAUUUUCAUUUUUAAUUUGGAGUGAAGUUUUUCUUGUCCCUGCAAAUUUGGGUUUAAUGAGUGUGGCUUUACUGGCUUUGAUCUUGAUCUUGUGCUGUGGCUGAGUAAAGUUAUGGUUUGUGAAUGUAGUAGGCCUCAAGAUGUCUUUGUAUCCAUUUAUUUAAACAACAAUACAAAUGAAACCUCAUCACCAAAGAUCAUUUAUUGCACUAGUUCUCAA